GCAGCUCGUUGCUUCACUUCCUUGCCUCUUUUCUAUAGUCUGUAAUAUUAUUCAACCUCACGCACACACCCCCCUGCGUUAAAACAUUCGUAUUUCAAUAAUGGGUUUCCCUGGAUUUGGUAGUUCCGGGCGGUUCCGUUACACCAGCCCGAUGACCCAGGUCAUCCUUGUCGGCCUCGUCUGCUUCCUGUGCCCUGGCAUGUUCAACGCGCUCAACGGUAUGGGCGGCGGUGGCCAAAUGGACUCCACCACGGCCUCAAACGCCAACACGGCUCUCUACUGCACCUUCAUCAUUUUCGGUAUCCUCGGCGGGUCAAUUGUCAACCUGUGCGGCGUCCGCUGGACCAUCUUCGUCUCGGGUCUCUCGUAUGCCCUCUACUCGGGAUCGUACGUCUAUCUCAACCACACCGCGAACGGUGCCUUCACCAUCGCUGCUGGCGCUAUUCUGGGUAUUGGUGCCGGUGUUCUGUGGGCCGCUCAGGGCAUGAUCAUGGUGUCGUAUCCGAAGGAGGAGGAGAAGGGCAAGUACAUCGCCGUGUUCUGGAUCAUCUUCAACCUCGGCGGUAUGAUCGGUGGCAUCCUGCCGUUCGCCAUCAACUACCAUAACCCGAAGGACUCGCUGUCGGACGCAGUCUACAUUGUCUUUGUCGUUCUCGAGGUCAUCGGCUCGGCCCUCGGUCUGGCCCUCUGCCCGCCAUCGCGCGUCGUCCGUGACGAUGGGUCGUCUGUUGUCCUUGUCAAGUACACGGAUGUGCGCACCGAGUGCGUCGAGAUCAUCAAGCUGUUCCUGAACCCGACCAUGAUCGCGCUGCUGCCGAUGUGCUUCACCUCCAACUUCUUCUACUCGUACCAGUUCAACUGCGUCAACGGAGCCAUCUUCAACAUCCGUACCCGCGGCUUCAACAACAUCUGGUACUGGGGUGCGCAGAUGGCUGGCGCCUACGCGCUGUCGUUCCUGCUCGACAAGAAGGAGUGGUCUCGCAAGAAGCGCGGUCUCAUUGCGUUCGCCCUUGUCGCUGUCUUCUUCAACGUCAUGUGGGGCGGGUCCGUUGCUCUCCAGCAAAAGUACACGCACGGUCCUACCAUCACUGGCCCCACUGACUAUCCUGGAGGCAGCAUUGAUUUCCUGGAGCACAGCCGUGCGGCCGGCCCGAUCAUUCUGUACCUGGUCUACGGUAUCGGCGACGCCCUGUUCCAGAACUUUGCCUACUGGAUCAUUGGUGCCCUGACCAACGACAGCCAGAAGCUCUCGCGGUAUGCCGGGUUCUACAAGGGCAUCCAGUCGCUUGGUGCCACUGUUGCGUGGCAACUUGACGCCAAGAAGGUCUCGUUCAUGCACCAGCUCAUUGGCAACUGGGUCCUGCUCGGUAUCUCCCUCGUCCCGAUGUUCGUAGUCAUCAACAGGCUCACCGACCAUUCGGAGUCCGAGAUCGUUGAGGAGGGAUUCGCUCAUGACCACAAGGAGGCGCUCUCUGCCGGCAAGGCUGAGGCCGCUGUUUAAAAAAAAAACGCAGUGCUAUUUGCUGGCGAGAUCUCGCCAUCUUGCCAGUCACCAUUACCCUUUCCAAGCUCCUGUUAUAACUAUCCCGCUCUUUGGCCUUCGAUUUCUCUCUGAGCUUGCUGUAGUAUCAUUUCUUCUAUUUCAACCGUUAAUUCAAGUC